UCCUUUUAGGUACCAGAAGUCUACUGGGAGCUAUCAACAAAGCGAAUUCUCACCAUGGAGUAUGUUGAAGGAGGACAGAUCAAUGAUUUGCAGUACAUGCAAAGCAAUGACAUUGAUGUCAAUGAAAUUACACAGAAUCUGGGGAAAAUGUACAGUGAAAUGAUUUUUCUGCAGGGAUUUGUCCACUGUGAUCCUCACCCUGGGAAUGUCUUGGUUAGCAAAUCCAAAAAAAGCCAGAAAACGCAAAUUAUACUUUUGGAUCAUGGGCUAUAUCAGACUUUGUCAACUGAAUUUCGUAUGGAUUACUGCUCCUUGUGGCAAGCUCUUCUCAAGGCUGACAUGAAGGGAAUUAAGAAGUAUAGUCAAAGUCUUGGUGCAGGAGAAUUGUUCCCACUUUUCGCUUGUAUGCUGACAGCCAGAUCCUGGGAUUCAGUCACUAAAGGCAUUAGUCAGACUCCAGUUACAAAGACAGAGGAUGUAGAAAUCCGUACAAAUGCUGCUAACUACCUCCCUCAGAUUAGCAAACUGUUGAACAGGGUUCCACGUGAAAUGCUGCUUCUCCUCAAGACAAAUGACCUUCUCAGAGGGAUUGAAGCAACCCUUCAAACCAGGGCGAGUGCGAGCUCCUUCAUUAAUAUGUCCCGCUGUUGUAUCCGUGCUAUAGCUAAGCAUGGAAAGACAAAAGUACCUGUACUGUCCUAUCGAAGACUACAAAUCUCGUUCGUAGAAUGCCUUAGCCUUUGGAUGAUUAAUGUGUACGAGCUCUUUCUCUGGAUUAAGGAGUCUUCACUGGGGAAAAGGAUAACAAACUGUCUGUAUCGUAUUCAGUACUCUACAUACUGAUAUCGCUGAAACAUGGGUGUAAGAUAUUCAUUUCACCUUGUCUUCAUGGAGACCAUGAACAAGUUGUAUGGGUUAUUCUUAAAAACAUAACAAAAAAAGAAAGAGAAUUUAUAGCUGUACUUACCAUGGGAUGCCUCAGGCAAAAAACAUUCAGCUACAGAGAAGCGUUAACUGCACAAAUAGACCACAGAUUAGAGCUGAACUGAAGAACCAAGUGAAGCAGUAAUCGUACCCCAUCCACUGCUGUGUCACCCAACUUUUGUUCAUACCAUCUGACUUCUGAACGUUGCUUGUCAUAUGAUUCAAUUGUUUAAGCACAAGACUUGGAAUGGCACACUGAUAGGUUGUUGCAGCAUCCAGAAGAAAGCAAUUUGGUGUCAAAAAUGAACAUAGUAUCAUCCUGCCUUCAUGUCUCCGACUCACUCAGAUCUGGAAAGGCUUUGAAAUUCAGGUUCACCAGGAAUAUUAAGUUACCUGUCAACUGUGAAAUACUUGCAUAGUGUAUAUUUCCUUAUAUGAAUGUGUGCCUGGCUACUCAGAUGUGUUUUUCUGAGGAAAAAAAUACCAUUUAAUGUUAUAAUUGCAGUAAGUAAUUAUAACCAUAAGUCACCUUUAAUUGGCACACUUAUUUUAGAAACAGCAUGGCAACCCAUGAUUUCCCACCACAGCCAAAAAAAAAAAAAAAAAAAAAGGCCGCUAUCUUAUUCAAAAGAAAAAAAAACUGAUGUAUCUUGUGAAGGAGCAUUAUUCCCUAUCUAUCCACAGUUUUUUUUUUCUUUUUUUUCCUAGUCCCUGUCCAUUUCUGAUUGUUUUAUGAUAUUAAGCAGUUGAGACGAUUGGCAGAUAUAAGCAGGAUAAUCUUGAGUGGAAAUAGUUUUAGUACAAACAAGUGGUUCCACUAAUUUAGCAAUUUGUGUGUGCAAUAAAAUAAAAACAAAGUAGUCAGUG